AAUAUAGUCGUUCUUUAAAGGCAGUCGGAAUGCGAUUGCCUCAUUAGAGCCACUGUCACCAUAACGUAGUAGUCGUAAAGCAAGCUGUGUCCGCUAAAAACACGAGAGUUCAGACGUAUCAGGCGGUAUUGAGAAGCAGACAAAAACAGUUUGAAAAGAACAUCUGGACAUCAUGCCUACUGAGAUUAAAGCUUCAAAGCCCGGGCCAGUUCGCCCGAAAACACUAGACAUCAUAGUAGCUGCAAUUGAAGACUUAAACGAGAAGAACGGAGCGUCUGUGGUCGCCAUCAAACAGUGGAUUCUCACUAAAUACCCAGAAAUCCCCGAAAGUAGACUGAAAGUUAUGAUGAAAAAGGGCUUGGCAAAGGGCAUCGAAAGUGAAGUUAUCGUCAGGCCGAAGAAAUCGUUAGCGUCAGUAGGCAUGACUGGGCGCUUCAAGAUCGGAAAGCCACCAAAACCAGUCAAACCUCCCAAAAAGAAAUCCGAGAAAGGGAAAGAGAACAAGAAACCUCGCAAAAAGCCAGCACCCGAAAAUGGAUCGUCGGCUGACGAGAAAGCACCCACUCCAAAGAAGGCUGCCAAGACGUCUAAACCUAAAAAGUCCGCAGCCACCAAACCUCGCUCAGCGAGCAGUUCACCAGUUAAAAAAGUAAGCAAGUCAAAGAAGGCGGCUCGUAGAAGUAAAUCUCAUUCCCCGCUCAAGAGUAACGCGAAGAAAUCUGCUUUAGACAAAAUUGGAAAAUCUCCGUCUAUCAAAAAAUCGAAAUCGAAAUUAAAGACAACUGAAAAGGUAAAAGGGAAACAACCCAAAUCAAAAGCACUGAAAAAGACUGCAAAAAAGUGAUUCAUAAAUACGCUUGAUGUAGCCUCAAAGAAUGCGAACUUUCAAUUAGUAAAUAUUCUGAUGACGGCAAGAUUAGAUACGAUAUCAAUGAUGUAAAAUAAGUUUAAUGUAAAUGAGAUGUAUAGAUUGUUUGCUUGUUGGAAUGGUUUUAAUCUACCAACUUAAGUUGGCAGUGGCGUUUCUGUUAAUCAGCACUUGCCGAUGGUACAUAAAUUCAAUUUUAAGAGUAAAUAUUAUAAUUAUCAUUAUUUGUAUUUGUUUGUAAAAAUAAAAAUGAAAAAUAUUAAAA